CCAUAUUGACAGAGCUGGGUACGGGGAGGAGGACCUAGGAAGCCGGGUGGGCGACAGAGUCAACGCCGAACGACAGUCGUGGUGGCGUCAGUGGUGAGCACAAGCCGAGGGGAACUCUCCGUGAGGCAGCAUAGAGUUUUCUUGUCUAUGGGGAGCAGCUGCCUGCGGAGACGGUCCUCCGCUCACAGCCUCUGAGGGGACCCUGAAUCUAGGGCAGCGGUCGCUGAAGGAGGUGCUAGGGGUUUCGCUGGUGGUGGCGGCGGCUGGCAAGCUCAAACGACGGGAUGCGCGGUUGCGCCAGCGGUUGGCAGCUCCUGCUCAAGUGCUCCUGAAGGGACGAUGCUACCGUUCGCUCCUCAGGACGAGCUUUUGAACCAAGAAAUGGAGGUUUUCGGAGGCGGCGCGACCAGCGGCAAGGUGAAUGGUCUUCAAAUGGUUGAUGAGCCAAUGGAAGAGGAAGAAGUAGAUUCUUGCCAAGAUGAAGGAGUUGUUAAAGAAAUCCCUAUUACUCAUCAUGUUAAGGAAGGAUAUGAGAAGGCAGAUCCUGCACAGUUCGAGUUGCUCAAGGUGCUUGGUCAGGGAUCCUUUGGAAAGGUUUUUCUUGUUCGAAAGAAGACUGGUCCUGAUGCUGGGCAGCUCUAUGCAAUGAAAGUGUUAAAAAAAGCUUCUUUAAAAGUUCGAGACAGAGUUCGGACAAAAAUGGAAAGGGAUAUACUGGUGGAAGUAAAUCAUCCAUUUAUUGUUAAAUUACACUAUGCCUUUCAGACUGAAGGGAAGCUGUAUUUAAUACUGGAUUUUCUCAGGGGAGGAGAUGUCUUCACAAGAUUAUCCAAAGAGCAUAUGAGAGUUUCAGUUGCUCCACAUCAUUGCCAUCAUUGCUCCACAUCAUUGCCAACCCUUGAUAUGGUACUGUUUACAGAGGAAGAUGUGAAAUUCUACCUUGCAGAACUGGCCCUUGCUUUGGAUCAUCUGCACCAAUUAGGAAUUGUAUAUAGAGACCUGAAGCCAGAAAACAUUCUGCUUGAUGAAAUAGGACAUAUCAAAUUAACAGAUUUUGGUCUCAGCAAGGAAUCAGUUGAUCAAGAAAAGAAGGCUUACUCAUUUUGUGGUACAGUGGAGUAUAUGGCUCCUGAAGUAGUAAAUAGGAGAGGCCAUUCCCAGAGUGCUGAUUGGUGGUCAUAUGGUGUACUUAUGUUUGAAAUGCUUACUGGUACUCUGCCAUUCCAAGGUAAAGACCGAAAUGAGACCAUGAAUAUGAUAUUAAAAGCAAAACUUGGGAUGCCUCAAUUUCUUAGUGCUGAGGCACAAAGUCUCCUAAGGAUGUUGUUUAAAAGGAAUCCAGCAAAUAGAUUGGGUUCAGAAGGAGUUGAGGAAAUCAAAAGACAUCUUUUUUUUGCAAAUGUUGACUGGAAUAGAUUAUAUAGAAGAGAAGUUCAACCUCCUUUCAAACCUGCUUCUGGAAAACCAGAUGAUACUUUUUGUUUUGAUCCUGAGUUUACUGCAAAAACACCUAAAGAUUCUCCUGGUUUGCCAGCUAGUGCUAACGCUCAUCAACUCUUCAAAGGAUUCAGCUUUGUUGCAACGUCUAUUGCAGAAGAAUAUAAAAUCACUCCUGUCACAAGUGCAAAUGUGUUACCAAUUGUUCAGAUAAAUGGAAAUGCUGCACAAUUUGCUGAAGUAUAUGAAUUAAAAGAGGAUAUUGGUGUUGGCUCCUAUUCUGUUUGCAAGCGAUGCAUACAUACAGCUACCAACAUGGAAUUUGCAGUGAAGAUCAUUGACAAAAGUAAGAGAGACCCCUCAGAAGAAAUUGAAAUUUUGAUGCGCUAUGGACAACACCCCAACAUUAUUACUUUAAAGGAUGUUUAUGAUGAUGGUAGAUAUGUUUACGUUGUUACGGAUUUGAUGAAAGGAGGAGAACUACUUGACCGUAUUCUCAAAAAAAAAUGGUUCUCAGAACAAGAAGCUAGUGAUGUAUUGAUUGUAAUAACUAAGACAAUUGACUAUCUUCAUUGUCAAGGAGUUGUUCAUCGUGAUCUUAAACCUAGUAAUAUCUUAUAUAUGGAUGAAUCAGCCAAUGCAGACUCCAUUAGAAUCUGUGAUUUUGGGUUUGCAAAACAACUUCGAGGAGAAAAUGGACUUCUCUUAACUCCAUGCUACACUGCAAACUUUGUAGCACCUGAGGUUCUCAUGCAACAGGGCUAUGAUGCUGCUUGUGAUAUUUGGAGCCUGGGUGUCAUUUUUUAUACAAUGCUGGCUGGCUACACUCCAUUUGCUAAUGGCCCCAAUGAUACUCCUGAAGAAAUACUGCUACAUAUAGGCAAUGGCAAGUUCUCUUUGAGUGGUGGAAAUUGGGACAAUAUUUCAGAUGGAGCAAAGGAUUUGCUGUCCCAUAUGCUACAUAUGGACCCACAUCAGCGUUACACUACAGAACAAGUAUUAAAACACUCAUGGAUAACCCACAGAGACCAGUUGCUGAAUGAUCAGCCAAAUAGAAAUGAUAUGUCACAUGUCAUUAAGGGAGCAGUAGUCACCACAUAUUCUGCCCUGACUCAUAAGACCUUUCAACCAGUCCUUGAGCCUGUUGCUGCUUCAAAUUUAGCUCAGCGACGGAGCAUGAAAAAACGUACAUCAACUGGCCUGUAAGAUUUCUAGUGUUUCUCAGCCAUACUGGAUGAAGAAAAAUUAAAUGUGUGGCUUUUUGCCUAAUCUUAAAUCAAAGGCAUCAUAUUCUGCUAUAUCACUUGAAUAUUCUGUUUAAACCUCCUUUUUUUAGGGAGAUGAGAUUAAAAAAAAAAACCCCACAGGCCAACAGUAUUCAAACAAUGUUGUUUUGCAGUAGUGACUAAGUGUUUAAGUAUAUAAUUGGUGUCUACAAGGUCCUAACAAUUUCUCUGCACACUAACUUGUAAAGUUCCUUUCAAAAAAAAUUCUUAAUAGUUUUUCUGGUCUCAUAAAAUAAUGAUUUAGGGAAUCAUUAUCAAUUAUCAGGAUGCAAAUAUAAUAGUGUAAUGCCAACCAAUGCCAAUAUUUUUGAACAUCAGAUCCUGAAGAACAGACUUUUUAAAAAGGAAAAAGGAACAAAAAAUGUAUUGUAGAAGCUUGUUAUCAUGUACAACCAAGAGGUUACAUUCAUUUGUGCUAAUAUGUGAACUCCUCAUAUGGUUGGUGCCAAAGUUUUUACAGAAGAUUUAAAUCACAAAUUAUGUGUGCAAACAGAUAUAUGUAUUAUCCAUACAUGCCCUCAUCUAGAAAUAAAGGUUUCCACAAGUCCUCUGUAAAUUUUACAUCUAAUUGAAUUGCAGUACAAGUGAGGAAUUUUUUAGCCAAAGGCUUUAUAUUGGUCUUGUAAUCUACUAAAUAGGUUAUAG